AUGCUCAUGGGCACCGGAGGCCUAGCCACAGCCGGUAAAGCACUACAGAGUCUCAAGUGGAUGGUUGUUAACCAAACCAUGGAACAGCGCAACGGAUGGGACGUAUUGGGAGACAUGCUAGGCACAGCCUACGACAACGCUGAGCAGCAGAUAGCAGACGAACAAGCCACGGCCACAGACAACGGCACCACAACGGUGGGCAGGCGAGGGCUGCUUGAGGAUGUCGCUGAUGCGUUAGGGUCGUGUGCGUCGCUCUCCUUGAACACCAUAAGCUCUGAGGAGAUGGUGUCAUCGUAUUGGUCUGUGUACGAGAUGGCUGACAAGUUCUUAUGGGGUGUGUGGGAUGGCAUGAGCCUCACCAGCCAAUCACAGCACAGUGUGGGUCUGAGUCUAGGGAAGAUUCUGGGCGAGAGCGCAGGGGCCGUCAAUCUCACCACCGCCGUUCCUACCAUGCUACGCGCCAAAUACUUUGUACCGGGUUUGGCCGAUGGCAUGGCUGCUACCAACAACACCUUCAAUGACGUGGCUAGGUAG